AUGAUUCUCUCACGGCGGGCAGUCCCCCUGCUCGGCCUGUGCUUCUUCGCCGCCUUCUUCUUCACAGCCCGCCAACUCUCACAACCAUGGGGCAAGAUGGGGCAAGUCGUCGGCAUGGGGGACGUGAUCGGCCAGGGUGAUGACUUCGGCCAGGGAUCACGAUUUGGGAUGUCGUUGAACGGGACGUGGAAUCUCACGAUGGGGCGGCCGAAAGCCAAGGAACAGAAAACCCUCUUCGCGCCGCAUCCCCAUUUCGAGCCCGGCGUCCCCAAGCCGCCUGGCCAGGAAUACUCGAAGGUCAUCGUCGCGCCGCGCACGAAGUACGAGGAUACCUCCUGGAUGGAAGAAGAACUGCCCGAAUAUGGCACUGCGGUCUAUUGGGUCGACGAUCCCACCGCAGAGCUGCAUGUACCCAAGAAUAAAGGCCACGAGGUCAUGGUCUACCUCACCUAUAUCAUCGACAACUACGAUGACCUACCGGAUAUUGCGGUUUUCGUGCACGCGCACCAGAAUGCAUGGCACAAUGACCCCAUUUUCAAAGGCGAUGCCGUCGAGAUGCUGAAGCGACUCAACCCGGCACGCGUCAUCCGCGAGGGAUACAUGAAUACCCGCUGUGGGUUUGGGCCCGGCUGUCCGGACUGGAUGCAUCCCGGCGCAUUGGUCGAAGACGGCAACAAGCAGGAAGAGGUCCUCAUGGCCCGCGCAUGGGCUGAAAUCUUCCCGGAUGACCCGGUCCCCUCGGUGCUGUCGCAGCCGUGCUGUGCCCAGUUCGCCGUGUCCGGCGAACGCAUCCGCGCUAUUCCCCGAUCCCGUUUCAUCUUUUACCGAGACUGGCUGCUGCAAACAGAUUUCAGCGACUACAUCGCCGGCCGCGUGUGGGAGUACAUGUGGCAGUAUGUGUUCACGGGCAAGCCCGUCCUCUGUGUGGACGAACACAUCUGUAUGUGCGACGGCUACGGCUUCUGUUUCGGUAGCGACGAUGGAUUCCGCGCCUACCAGGACCUGGAAAAAGAGGUAGCGGGCCUCGCAGACCGGGUGAUGAACUUGGAAUUCUUGCAAAACGAGUUCGAUAUCGCGGAGGAAAACCACGACCUCGAUGACUCCAUGCCCGUGGACCCCCCGGAGACUCAAGAGCCGGGUGUAUACAGACUCCACGAGAAGAAGCAGAAAGAGCUCAACGAUAUGUGGAAUGCAGCUAUCGAGCGUGGCAAGAAUCCCAAAUACCGUGCCCUGGAGGCCGGUCGGCCGUGGAAGGAGGGCGAUGGCUUCUAA